CUGUUUGUCCCAGAGGAAGCUCCAGCACAACGUUCUUUGGCAAUAUUCUGGACUGUCCUCUUGGGAAAGAAGAACCUAACAACGUUCUAUCAAACCAGCUGCCAUUGAGGUGCCUAGCUCCCAAAAUGGGAGGUUGUGCAUGUGGCAAGCUGGGAAGGAAAUUUUGGUUAAGACAGCCUGGACUUGAGUCCUGGGCUUCUUAGCUUCUGGGUUGUAAAGCAAGGGGUUUUAGUCCUGUAGAAGUGUGGACAUGAGAAAGCCAAGUGGCGUUGGAGGAUACAACCGCGCUUGCAAAAUCCAACUGGUACGGUACCUGAGUGUACUAUGAUCCCUUUAUAUUUAUAUUAAAGAAUGAACUGUGAGACUGGAAGUCUUUAGCUUGGACAGGCAUUCCUAACCUGUCCUUGGAAGAGGUGGAAACCACUUUUAUGUGCACAAGGCCAGUUGUAACCCCUUAGGUGGAGCCCAGACUCCCAAGACCUCUGUGAGGGAGGUGCUGAUUGGCAGUGGGCGGCAACUUUAUGCAAACAUCUCCACUGGUUACAACAGGCACCUCUCAAGGCCUCCGGGACAGCUUUGUGAAGAAGGAAAGGGAACUACAGGGUGGCUGUCAGGACCUGCCCCAUGUCCUCUACACCCAUCUCUUGCACUUGCCCAGCCUGCAGUGCAGUGAGCUAAGACCAGCAUCUGUGCGAACCUUUACUGUGAAAAUGUCACAGCCCGACCUGGUGGUCAGGGAACCCUGAGGCGUCCUGGUGCCGGAGGCCACUUUGAGGGUCUUCGCGGACCCUCUGUAGCUGUCCUCCCACCUCAUGAAGGAGUUCAUUCCCAGCAGUGGGCAAAAGGAACUCCUCUACUGGGCUUGGGCCCUCUAGGCCCCCUUGCUGCUCACCCUGGUUCCCAGCAUCUCCUCAGCCCUGUUCCCACUUCUGCAACCCUCAGUCCCAGGUGAGUGUCCAGGGUAGAGAAGGACAAGGAGAUACCGCCCAGCUCCUCCUUCAGCCACCUGUCUACCAAGGGCUCACCAAGCGGACACCAAAACGUGAUUUGUUAGAAGGGCCUUGGGACAGGAGGGGGAAGAACAUGCCAAGUGUAGGGAACAACAAAUACAAACAGAGGCCUCAAAGUGUUGUGCAUGCUGGGGAAUGAGUGUACAGCGGACCUCCGAGGUGGGUUGGGAGACACCGCUGAUACGAUCAGGUAGCCCACAGUCUGUCGCCAAAGAGCUUGGGGUGGUGGGGAGCCGUGUAAAUUGUGGGGUGGUUUACACAACGCUGGUGGGAGAUGCAGAUGGGUUAGAGGGAGCAAGGGUGGGGGCUGGGAGGCCAUCAGGGCUGUUGGGUUUGUGCAGUACCUGGAGCGGUCUGGGCCUGAACCUGGGGAGAAGCUCACACCCUCGACACUUUCCUCUAACGUCUGGGUGUCUGUUGGCCUGAGCAAGGACCUGAGGGAAAGCAGGGCGUCGGCGGCUCCCUGUUCCCCUCCCCUGCAGCAAUCCCACGACACCUGGUCUGGAACCAGUGGCAACAUUGCCGCCCCCUCCCCGUGGCCCCAUGCCCUAGAAGGAGCCAGGCCUCCAGGCAAGAGGCUCUGGCUGAGCAUAGGACCCCGGCCUCCAUAGGCCCAAACAGCAGCACCUACCUCCCCUCUUACAGGCUUCCUGGAGCCUCAUCAGGUAGCUCCAGCCAAUACACAGCCCAGACCAGCAUGGUAAGUGGGGCCCUGAGAGGCUGGGACCUGGGAUGAGGGCCUGGCCUCUGCAUCCCUGUUCCUCUUCCCAUGGACUAUCCCAUCCAUCCCCUUGUGAAGCCCCAAUACCUAUCCCACUGGUUCUCCAGGCAACGAGAGAAGAGCAAGGGAGCCCAAGCCUCCAUUUCCCUGGGCUCCAGGGACCUCUUAAGGGUCCACUCCCUCCCUAUACACAGACACAGUGGCCACAAUGGGGAUAUAUGGUCUGAUUUCUGACCUUCCCCAGACACCAUCUCCCCAUUUUUACCUGGUUGUGGGAGAUGUUCCAGGAGCCAUCUGGCUACCCUAUACUCCUGCUUGGGUGUGCUCUCCAGCCUGCAGCGUUCCCUGGCUCGUGAGGGCCUUUGACUACAUGCUCAGGGGCAAAGGAGGGCAAGAUAGGGGGAUCCCUGAGGGUGGAGACAGGCCAGGAUGACCCUGGGACCUGUGUUGCUAGCAAUACUCAGUCAUGGUCCUCUUCCUGUGCAGGGCAGGUCAGGCCAGCAGGUCUGGUGCAGGGCAGGCCUCACGAAGCCUCUUUAAAGGAUUCACUAGAUUCUCUAUUGAGGUUUGAUUUAUCGAAUUUCUUUACCCUUUAGUAUAAGGUGACUAUCUGCCUAAGAUUUAAACAGAUCCAUGGUGUGGUAUUUGUAGUUUAUAAUAAGAAAUGUAUAUUUGGUCUUCAUCCUGUUCCUGGCACAGAGCUGCUAAAACCUGGAAGUUUCCUAUUACGAAGGGCAAUAAAGGGUCUUUUGCUGUGUUAAUGUUGACUUGCCGAAAGCCGCUAGGUGACAAGGAUGCAGGCCGGAGGAAGCUCGAGGCUGAACAUUCUGGUGCCAUCUAUGUCUGGGGACCCCUUUGUCGUCCAAGAGCACUUCUGCACUCACUGCACCCCACGGCCCACAGGACUGCGAGCCGCUGGAACGCACUGGAGCUUAAGAGACUGGGCCUCAUGUUGAGAAUUCAAGACAUAAAACCAAAGAUAGGCGCCCCCAAGAUGGUUCCUCCCAGCCCGCGGAAGUCUGGAGACCCACCCGCCAACAGCCCCUGGGGCCUCCAAGGACCUACAGCUCCGCCUAACCGCCGGCAGUGGCGGAGACUCGGUUUCCCAGAAGCCCCCCGGCUGGGUCCCGCCCACAGCUCUGCCGGGCGCCCCCUGGCGGCGCGCUUCAGCUCGGCUCCAGUUCCCGGCGACCCGCGCGGCACGUUCUCGGCGGAAGGGCUGCUCGCGAUGGCUGGGGCUGGUUCUGCCGCUGUGUCCGGGGCAGGGACCCCCGUGGCGGGUCCCGCAGGCCGCGAUCUCUUCGCCGAGGGGCUCCUCGAGUUCCUGCGACCGGCUGUGCAGCAGCUGGACUCUCACGUCCACGCUGUCAGAGAGAGCCAGGUAGAGCUCCGGGAGCAAAUUGACAACUUGGCUACUGUUUCUAGUGACCGGCCCAUGUGGGUGCAGGCGUGUCUUCAUCCCACUGACCAGCCUGCCUUCCCCAAGAACGAGGAGCCAUUAGGUGUUAGUUUGCAGCUUACUUCCAUCCCCCAGAGCUGUGCCGAAUCAACGAGGAUCAGAAAGUGGCCCUGGAUCUCGACCCCUAUGUCAAGAAGCUGCUUAAUGCCCGGCGACGAGUUGUCUUGGUCAACAACAUUCUGCAGAAUGCGCAGGAACGGCUGAGGCGACUAAACCACAGUGUUGCCAAGGAAACAGCCCGCAGGAGGGCAAUGCUGGAUUCAGGAGUUUACCCUUCUGGUUCCCCGAGCAAGUAAACAGGCCAGAAGAUGGGGCUCAUGCCUGGCCCCAUAAUAGCACAAGUACUCUUCCCCAGCUGCCUUGCUUCCUCCAGGAACUCCCUGUAGACCUUGGGACAUCAAACAGGCAGCCCGGUUGUUUCUGUCUGAAGCACUUAAAUCUUACCCACUUAUAUGGGGCCCAAAGAAACCUGUGUACAGCAGGACUAAUGAUCCCAAAGGAUUUAUUAUGGCUCUUGCUUCCAAGAAUGGGCUGAGGGACUCUACCUUUUUAAAACCUACAUUCUCAAGGCCCAGCUCCUCUACCUUCAAGCCUAGUUAAUGAGGGGCUUCCUCCAUUGCAUGUCCUCUACCUGUGACUUGUUUUCUUUUGUUUACACUGAGGAUUUGAAGGGCAGGCAAAGUCAAGGUAAUGACCUCUGUCUGCCCUCUUUUGUUGAUUGCACUGGGCUUGAAUACAGUAGCAGUAUUGGUAGAACCAUUUCAUUCAAUAAAUGCUUAAACAGUG